UAACUUUGAAAUAUUUUUUAAACCUAUUUGAAAGAGGCAUUACUAAUUUGGGAAAAACCUUGGUUCUUUUAUAAUAUUUUUCUACAAUAGGACUUUAAUAGUUUUUGGUUCUUUACGCUGAUUGGUCGACAGCGUAAUAGUGGGGAGAGAAGGAGUAUUUUCUAUACUAGACUUCAGGUAAAAGUAUACGUAUAAAUUAUUACAAAAUUGGAGAGCUUGCUUAGAUAUCUGUUAGUUGAUCUCAAACAGUCGUACGAGAAAGACGUACUUUUUCUGUUUCUUCUUUUUUUUUUUUUUCCCUGACUUAUAUAGUACUUUUCAUGAGUUAUAUAGAGUUUAACUUGUUUUUCAUUUUUUCAUAUUUUGAACUGAUCUGAGUAAACUGCCAUUUAUUCAUCAAUACACUUAUCAUUAAUUCAAACAGUACAUCGUAUUUUUUUAAUUUAUCAAAAUGGCAAAUGUGUCCGAGAAUGUUUCCGAGAGUGUUUCCGAGAGUGUUUCCGAGAGUGUUUCCGGGAAUGUUUCUGAGAAUGUUUCUGAGAAUGUUUCCGAAAAUUUUGGAAAAUUGGAAUUAUCAAGAAAGGAAAUUUUUAUUUAUUUAAAAGACGAUUUAUAUAACCCGAUUAGUAAAGCAUAUGAGAAAAUUGAACAUUUGAUUUCUACAAAAUUGAAAUGUCCUUAUAAAUUAACGAAUAAAAUGAAGAAAAUCUUUCAGAAUUUAUUUUAUUCGUACAGGAGAAAGUGCCGAACAGUUAAAAAAUCUCAGAUGUUAAAAAAAUAUGACAAAUGGUUAAACGUUACACUUACAUUUGAUAUAGAAGUUUUAAAUAAUAUGAAAAAUUCGCCAGUAGGAAACGAUAAUUCUCUCUCGGAAGUUGUAUAUGACAGUAACAAUGCGAAGCGAAGAAAAACUGAAGAAAUCCCUUCAUGUUCAUAUACAAUACAAUUACCAAGAGUUUCUCAAUCGAGUUCACGUAAUUUAGACGAAAAGAAUUCUACAAAAGUUAUGAGGGAUGCAACAAGGAAAGAUGAAAAUAACAAAAAUUGUAAAGAUACAUCAAUCACAGACGAUUAUGCUCUAUCCUUAUUACUUGAGAUUCAAUUAUCGAAGAAUCAAUAUGAAGUAUUACGAUCUACUAAUAUAGAAAAUAAUUGUCAUAUAUAUCCAUCAUACAAGAGUGUGCUAGAAGCUAAAGAAAAAUGUUAUCCAACGAAAACUGAUAUCAAAAUAAAGGAUUGUAGUGCCGAAGUUACACUACAAGGAUUAUUAGAUCAUACUAUUGAACAAAUACUAUAUUCUCGAAGAGAUUUCAUUAAAAGCUUGCCUUUAGAACACAUGAAUAAUAUGACAUUGUACUGUAAGUGGGGUUCAUCUGAGUUAUUUGCGGAAAAUAUAAACAAACAGAAUUUUAAUAUUACCGAUGGAAGUGAAUUAAAUUCAAGUAUUUUUUCUAUAUCUAUUGUACCAUUGAAACUUAUUUCAAAUAACCAAAUAUCGACAGAAAAAUAUACCAUUUGGGAGAAUCAAAGUCCCUUUUCAUCGAGAUUUUGCAGACCUAUAAAAGUGCAAUUUUUCCCAAUAAAUACGCAUGACUAUAUAACAGAAAUUAGUCAUAUAAAAAAUCAAGAGACACAACUCAUUCCUUUUAUAACAGUUUUUGAUGGAAAAAUGUUAACCGUAUCUUAUAAUCUUAAAUUUGUUAUAACAAAUACCCAAGUAUGUAAUAAAAUUAAGUUAACCUUAUUAAAUCAAAAUUGUUUUCUAUGCAAGGCCUCUGAAAACGAAUUCAACGAUAUUGAAGCAUUACUAAAAAGAAAAGUUGAUAAAAAUAAUUGUUUUGGAUUAUCAAUGUUGCACAUUUGGGUCCGUUUCUUUGAAUGCUGCUUGGAUUUGUCAUAUAAGCUCGAUAUUAAAAAAUCAAACAUGACAGAAAUAGAGAAACUGGUGUUAGAAAGUCGCAAGAAAAAUAUCCUAAGAGGGCUUAAUUUACAAUAUAAAUUUACAAUUGAUAUAGAAAAAUAUAAUUUUAAAAAUUGCGAUGAGAAUAUAGCACGACAGUUUUUGGAAAAUUCAACUACUUCCGCUUUAAUUACAGGAGUUGAUAGAAUUAUAAUCAAAAGAUUCUAUGUUAUAUUACAAACGAUAUCUAGUAAUCAUAAAAUUAAUCUUAAGAAGUUUCAUGAGUAUGGCAUAAAAACGGCAAAAAGAUUCGUCAAAUUAUAUCCGUGGUAUAAUAUGUCUAUUACAGUUCAUAAAAUUUUGAUUCAUGGGCCAGAAAUUAUCCAGUUCGGUUUAUUACCAAUCGGCCAACUUUGUAAUGAUAUCCAACAAAAUUUAAGUAUCGAAAGAUCUUAUCAAGAUGUAUUUCGAGUUAAAAAUAUGGAAGAGAUGUUUUUAGAAUUGCUGGCUGUAUCUGACCCAUAUAUUUCAUCUUUACGAAAUAUACCACAAACAAAAUUAAAGGAUUUAAUGACAGAAACAAUAAAUCUGUUAAUUUUGCCAGUAACAGAUAAUGAUGAAAUACUGUCUGACGAUGAUUCUGAUGAUUCCGAUUCUGAUGAAUGAACGAAGGAAAUACUUGAUUUCUUUUUAGUUUAUACAUUUAACUAUAGUAAAAUUGUAGAUGUAAAUUUUUAUAAUUAUGUUACUUUCUUUUUUAAUUAUGUAAUU